AUAUAAAACACAACAGAAGACAGUGUCUUGGUCACAAAUCAUGGCUCCAGACAGAUGUUGGACUGUGCUCGUGCUUGUUGCGGGUCUUUGCUCGAGUUUUACGUAUGCCAAGCUUCCAAACAUUGUGUUUAUAGUUGCAGAUGAUUUAGGCUUCAACGACGUGGGUUUUAACAACCCCGAUAUUUUGUCUCCCAACAUCGAUAAACUAGCCAGCGAGGGAGUGAUCCUCAAUCAGAGUUACGUCCACCCCUUAUGCACACCAUCUAGAAGUGCCUUUUUGACAGGUCUGUAUCCAUGGAAGACGGGCUUGCAACACCAGGUUAUAUUUCCGCUGCAGCCGGUGUGUGCCCCUUAUAAUGUCACUCUUCUGCCAGAGGUGCUCAAAGAACAAGGCUAUGCAACACAUAUUAUUGGAAAAUGGCACCUCGGCUUUUGCAACUGGAAUUGCACACCAACCUACCGCGGUUUUGACAGUUUCUUCGGCUUUUACAACGGACAGGAAGAUUACUAUGCUCAUACGCUAGGUGUUAACGCGUUGGACUUAUGGGACAACGAAAAGCCUGACCGGUUAGACGGUGGAAUCUACUCAGCGGAGCUGUUCGCCAAGAGAGCCAAGCGCAUUAUCACCAACCACGACAAGAGCAGACCUCUCUUUUUGUACUUGCCUUUCCAGAAUGUGCACGCUCCAGUACAGGUCCCACACCGCUAUUCAAACAUGUAUGCUCAUAUUCAAGAUGAAACCAGAAGAAAUUUUUCUGGUAUGGUAAGUGCUAUGGAUGAAGCAAUUGGAAACAUCACAACUGCACUCAAAGAAGCUGGACUCUAUGACAACACUCUGAUAGCUUUUACGUCUGAUAAUGGAGGUAACCCUAACCAGGGAGGGAACAACUUUCCUCUUCGAGGUUCCAAGGAUACUAUUUGGGAAGGUGGCACCAGAGCGGUCGCAUUCGUCCACGGCCCUAUGCUACAGAAGACAGGAUACAGGCACAACGGAAAAUUCCACGCUGUCGAUUGGUUCCAAACAUUUCUUGCCGUUGCUGGUGCCUCUCCAGCUGCAAACAAAAGCAUGGACAGUAUGAACUUGUGGCCUAUGCUGGAGCUUGGAAAAGAUUCCGCUAGAACAGAGUUCGUCUAUCACUUAGACAAUAAACUCCCUCCACUCCAAGGGCAUGCCGCUAUCAGAGUCGGCGAUUACAAGUACAUCAAAGGAUUCCCUGGGCCGUUCAGUGGCUGGGCCGUACCACCAAAGUUUCAACAGUCCCGAAAGUAUUUGAACUUGGAUGAUGACAGAGACAGCCUUGAUGUCUUCCACAAAUACAUGCGGAAAUCGAAAACGCUACCAGAAUAUUUUGAGCACGCACUGUUUAAUAUAAGGGAUGAUCCUACGGAGCAGAAAAAUUUGGUCCACACCAUGCCCCAAGUUGUGCAAGAUAUGAAGAUGAAGUUGGAACUGGCACAGCAAGAGAUGGUACCCGCGAAUGCCCCACCGGGGGAUAACAAAGGAAAUCCGAACAAUUUUGGGGGAGUUUGGACACCGGGAUGGUGCUGAUAAUGUUGAUAUGCUACUAUGGAAUAAUAUCGGUUUAAAAUGAACUGACACGAGAAAUAUGAACGGAAAGUUUAUAUAAGAUUCCUGUUGUAAUUUUUAAAUUUUAUUAUUUAUUCAUUUAUUCAUUUAUUUUAUUUAUUUUUAUUUUAUUUAUUUUAUUUUUCUGAAAUAUUGUCAAAUACAUUUUCACUCUCUAAUCAUAUCGUAUUUAGUGACCAACACCUAUGUAAAAUGAAUAGAUACAGUAUAUGAAAUAAUGCGCUUUACAUAAAAAAUCAAGUGAAGUACUUUUCUCGAAACGAGGAAAAAAAAGAGAGACAUGAGUACACUGACGGUAAUAUAACGGCCACAUGUUAAGUGUCUGGCAGUUUGAUACAAUCAUGAAGACCAAAACAUUAUGAAUUGAAUGUUGAGUUGUUUAUGCAUUGAUGAGAAUCGAAUACUAAGGACCAUUUUGCUUGCUCAAA